AUGAUUGUUGAGGUAUCUGCUGCUGCUGCACCUCUUCCUCUUGUUGUACGUAACAGCAGCAACAGCAGCAGCAGCAGCAGCAACAGCAGCAUCGAUACACAAUGGAGACAUUCUCUUAGUAAAUGUCUUAAUUGGAACCUAAGAAUCAGGCAGCAGCAAGCUAUACAUCCUAAGCAGCAGCAGCAGCAGCAGCAGCAGCAGCAGCAGAAGCAGCAGCAGAAACAGCAGCAACAGCAACAGCAACAGCAACAGCAGAAACAGCAGCAACAGCAGCAGCAGCAGAGGCAACAAUAUAGGCAACUUAGGCAACCAUAUAUACAACCAUCAACAUGCUGUCACGCAUGCAACCCUAACUGUCUGCAGCAGCAGCAGCAGCAGCGGUGGCAGCAGCAGCAGCAGCAGCAACGGUGCAGACAAAGAGAUAAUCUGCAUGCAUGUCUUCUUCAUGGCGGACCCUCUGAUGCUCCUGCCACCCCAUUAAGGCUUGUACAACGUACUAAAGCUGCAGCAGCAGCAGCAGCAGCAGCAGCAGCAGCAGCAGCAACACCAGCUGGUGCUGCAGCCCCAGUUACACCUCAAGCUGGUGAGUCUGCUGCUACUGCAGAUCCAAAUAUGGACAAGCAAAGGCAGCAGCAGCAGCAGCAGCAGCAGCAAUCCGCUGCAGCAGAAGCACCCACUCCUGUUGCUGGUAGAGAAGCAGCAGCAAGCACAAAAACAGCAGCAACAACAGCAGCAGCAGCAGCACCAACAGACAAAGCAGCAGCAGAAGAUAGCCUGCUAUCCGCAGGCUGCAGCACCAUCUGCAGCAGCGGAGAGGCUAUAACAGCCGAAGAACAGCAACACAAGCAGCAGCAGCAGCAGCAGCAGCAACAGCAGCAGCAGCAGCAGCGGGUCCCCAAAUCCGGCCAGGGUGCAGCAGCAGCAGCAGCAGCAGCAGGAGCAACACCGCGAAUAAUACCUCCAUUUACUCUACGAGGCCGUGCAUACAGCAGCCCUACUGCAUGCGAGCGGAUGUCUAUUGGUUACUUAGUUGUUGCCAUCACGGCCAGCGUCACUGCAACAGCAGCAGGAGCAGCAGCAGCUGCUGCUGCUGCCAUCGCAGUUGGUGCAGCAGCAGCUGCUGCCGUCAUGCUGAUGGUCAUGGAGCAGCAAAAAGAAGUGCAGGAAUCGAGGGGUCUGCUGCUGCUGCUGCUGCUGCAGCAACAGCAGCAGCAGCAGCAACAGCAGCAGCAGAACACGAAGCUGCAACAGUCAUACAGAGUGCCACCUGCUGCAGUAGAUGCAGCAGCAGCAGCAGAUGCAGCAGCAGCAGAUGCAGCAGCAGCAGAGGCAGCAGAAGCAGCAGAUGAGGUAGAUGCAGCAGCAGCAGAUGCGGCAGAUGCAGUAGACGCCGCAGCAGAUGCAGCGGCAGCAGCAGAUGCAGCAGCACAUGCAGCAGACGCAGAUGCAGCAGUAGCAGCAGCAGCAGCAGCACAAGACUCUGCAGCAGCAGCAGCAACGACACCGACCAUUUCUAUUAAUGCCUCGGAUGAAGAAGGUGCAGCAGCAACAGCAGAGCAGCAGCAGCAGCACGAGUCCGCCAUCACAGCCGACAACUGCAGUAGCAGCAGCAGCUGCAGCAGCAGCAGUAGCAGCAGCAUGCAUGCAGCAGACUCCUUUGGGGCUUUAAGGUCAAGUAAUUCUCCCUUCAUGAGUAACCCCAAUGAUGCAACCCCAACUGUGCAGCUCGAGGCCAACAGCACAGCAAUGCUGCUGACAGACGUCAUCGGCAGCAGAAAGCAGCAGCAGCAGCAGCUGCUGCAGCAAAUUGUGCAGCAGCAGCAGCAGCAAACGCUGCAGCAGCACAAGCGGGAGAUGCAGCAGGAUCCUACCGACCAACUUUAUCAAGAGGAUGAGCAGCAACAGCAGCAGCAGCAGCAACAGCAGCAGCAGCAGCAAGAUGAUAAAGGUACUGCAGCAGUUGGAGCAAAACUAGUGGAAUAG